GCAUUCCGCUGGAUGAUGACCAUGGUCUUUGCUGUGGAGGAGAUUAACCGAAAUUCAAGUUUAUUACCAGAUGUCAAACUAGGCUACAGGAUCUUGGACAGUUGCGACCAUGUCCACACCAGCCUGCAAGCUCUUUUUCCUUUAGUCAGAGACUCCAAAGAUAUGCAAAAGGACAGUGGAGUAAUUAAUAGGGGUGACAGACAGGGAGUCUUGACAGAGGAGAGAAUGUACAAUGCAAAGAUUGAAAAUGUAUCCUCUUGUCUGGCUGAUUCUCCUGUGCCUGUUGUGAUCGGCCUUGCGUCGUCUUCCCCUACAAGAGCUGUGGCUCAAACUCUUGGCCCUUUCAACAUCCCACUAGUGAGUUAUUUUGCCACUUGCAUCUGCCUCACUGACAAGAAAAUGUACCCAUCAUUCUUGCGGACUGUGCCUAGUGAUCUCUUUCAAGUUAGAGGUCUUGUUCAGCUGGUCACCUUCUUUGGCUGGCUCUGGGUGGGCACAAUAGGAACCACGAAUGACUACAGUCAAUAUGGCAUCCAAGCAUUUUCUAACCAGUUCAAACAACAAGGUGGGUGUUUGGCAUUUCACUUGACGAUCCCCAAAUCGCCCACAGAGGCCGAGAUUCAAGAAAUGGUGGAUAGGUUGCAGAGCUCAACCGCACAGGUUGUGGUUGUCUUUGCAACCGAGGGACAGCUGGUGGAUCUAUUUGUAGAAGGCACUCUAGGCUUCUCCUUCCCUGGAAUCAGAAUCCCUGGCUUGAAAGAAUUCUUGCUGAAUGUUCGCCCCUCUCCCGAGCCUGGGAUGGAAUUUGUCAACAUGUUCUGGGAAGAGCUGUUUGGCUGUCGGCUCAGUGCAUUCAAAGCAGUGGCUGCUAAAAACUAUGAAGGUUUGAGGGUCAGGCCUGUUUGCAGUGGCUCAGAGGACCUGAGAUACACUGAUAGCAGUUACACAGAUGUCUCUCAGGUCAGGAUAUCUUAUAAUGUGUACAAAGCUGUGUAUGCCAUCGCCCAUGCUCUGCACACUUUGUUAAACUGUGACUCUGGUGGACAAAACAAGGGAGUGUGUGAGAAACAUAAAUUCUUUACUUCAAGACAGCUGCUUCAUCAUCUGAAAACAGUAGAUUUCACCAACCAGUUUGGGGAAAAAGUACAUUUUGACUCCAAUGGAGAGCCAGUCCCUCUGUAUGACAUCAUUAACUGGCAGAAGGACAGCAAGGGUGAAAUUAGAUUUGUCAAAGUGGGGAGCUAUGAUGGUUCAGCUCCGCUGAGACAACAGCUGCAGCUGAAACAGAGCACCAUUGUAUGGACAAAAGGACAGUCACAGGUGCCUGUAUCUCAGUGUAGUGUUCCCUGCUCCCCUGGAAGCAGGCAGGCCAGACGCCCAGGAGAGCCCCACUGCUGCUUUGAUUGUUUGCCAUGUGCAGAUGGAGAGAUCAGUAACAAGACAGGUUCCACCGAGUGCACAAAAUGUCCAGAGUACUACUGGUCAGACAAAGACAAGGUGAAAUGUGUCGCCGGGGUUGAAGAAUUCCUGUCUUUCUAUGACACCAUGGGCAUCAUACUGGUUGCACUCACACUGCUGGGUGUCGCCUCGACCGCCACCAUCACAACUGUCUUUCACUGUUUCCGUUCCACGCCAAUCGUCAAAGCCAACAACUCGGAGAUAAGUUUCCUGCUUCUGCUGUCACUCAAGCUUUGCUUCUUGUGCUCCCUGGUGUUCAUUGGCCAGCCGUCUGAUUGGACAUGUAGACUACGCCAGGCAGCAUUCGGGAUCAGCUUUGUCCUCUGUCUGUCCUGCCUCCUAGUCAAGACUAUUGUAGUUCUCUGCUUUCGGUCCAGUGCGCCAAGUUCCAGGGCCUUGAAGUUUUUUGGACCCUCUCAGCAGAGGACUCUGAUUCUUUGCACCACAACUCCUCAGGUUUGUCUCUGUGCUGGUUGGCUGUUGUCUGCACCUCCAUUCCCAUUCAGGAACCCAACCUACCAAGCUACAACAGGAAAAAUUGUUUUGGAGUGUAAGGAGCCAUGGCCUCCAGGAUUUUAUCUGGUCCUCGGCUACAUCGGCCUGCUUGCCUUCCUCUGCCUCCUCUUGGCGUAUCUUGGACGGAAGCUGCCGGAUACAUUCAACGAGGCAAAGCUCAUCACCUUCAGCAUGCUGAUCUUCUGGGCCGUGUGGAUCUCUUUCAUCCCAGCUUAUGUCAGCUCUCCUGGAAAGUUCACUGUAGCUGUGGAAGUAUUUGCAAUAUUAGCAUCAAGUUUUGGACUGCUAGUGUGUAUUUUUGUGCCUAAAUGUUACAUCAUUUUACUGAUGCCUGAGAGAAAUAUUAAGAAAGGUAUAACAGGAAAAUUUCCCAGGUGAACUUGGCUUUUUUUGUUGUAGAUAGUAAUUUUUAAGUUGCUAAGA